GACGACUUCAUCACAGCAAUGGGCCAGAACUACCACCCGCAGUGCUUCACCUGCACCGAAUGUGCCAAGCCGCUCAGUCCGUACAACUUCUACGAGAAGAACGGCAAGCCGUACUGCGAGGAUGACUACCACCGACUCUUCAGUCCGAAGUGCUUCGCCUGCAAGGAGCCCAUCAAGGAUAAUGACUUUAUCACUGCCAUGGGUCACGACUACCACCCGAAGUGCUUCAAGUGCACUGAGUGUGCCAAGCCGUUGAGCCCGUACAAUUUCUACGAGAAGAAUGGGCUGCCGUACUGUGAGGACGACUACCACAAGCUGUUCAGUCCAAAGUGCUACGAGUGCAAGGAGCCCAUUAGAGAUAACGACUACAUCACGGCGAUGGGCCACAACUACCACCCGAAGUGCUUCAAGUGCACCGAGUGUACGAAGCCCCUCAAUCCGUACAACUUCUACGAGAAGAACGGGCUGCCCUAUUGCGAAGAUGACUACCACAAGCUGUUCAGUCCGAAGUGUGCCGGCUGCAAGGAGCCGAUUAAAGACAACAACUACAUUCGCGCGAUGGGCAAGGACUGGCACCCGAACUGCUUCAAGUGCACCCAGUGCAAGAUUCCCCUCGACCCGGAGAACUUCUACGAGAAGAACGGCCUGCCGUACUGCGAGAAGGACUACCACAACCUCUUCAGUCCGAAGUGCGCCGGCUGCAUCAAGCCCAUCAAGGGAACUGUACGUGUGAAGAACUACAGAUCCAGAGAUUAUCCUCAUCAUUAG